ACGCUAAAAGAGCCGUGAGGAGGCGAGAGUGGAUACGGAGGGCCGAUUGUUAGGGCGGGCCGGUUGACGCAUGCGCUGUCGUCGAUAGUCACUGAGGAGAAGAAGCUUCCAGGCCUGAGUCAACAGCUGAGGCGCCGUCAUGGCGGCGCUGUCCCGGAAGCUGCUGUGGCUGCCGCUGUUGGUGGUGCUGACGGAGAGCGGAGCGAUAUGGGGUUGGCAGCAGCACGAAAAAAUCUUGUUGCGAGAUGUUCAAGUCCUGACGCUCUACCCUGGCCAGUACACCAAUUACCGGCGGACGUCUCCAAUCCCCCAGUUGCAGUGCACCGGCGGUACGGCCGGAUGUGCAGCGUACACCCCUGAUGUUGUCCAGUGUUACAAUAAAGGCUGGGAUGGCUAUGACGUACAGUGGGAGUGCAAAGCGCAGAUGGAUAAUUCAUAUCGCUUUGGAAAAAUCGAAGUAAGCUGUGAAGGCUAUGAUUACCCGGAUGACCCUUAUGUGCUAAAGGGUUCAUGUGGCUUGCAGUACACCGUAGAGCUAAAUAAAGGCGGACAGCCUAAAACCAGCUACUUCGGUGGCAAUCACCAUUCCUCAACUGCUCAUGAUUCGAUAACUUCUGGGGCUGGAUUAGUCCUGGUAGUACUAUUUGUGGUCCUUGUGUAUGGUGUUUAUAAGCUGUUCCUCUGCGACAACCGUCCACAACAUGGCUUCUCUUACGGCGAUGGACCAUCAGGAACCUACAGACAGGAUUAUCAGAACCCACCUCCACCGGGAUUUAAAUCAAAUUUCACAGGAGCUGCCAAUGGUUUCACUUCAGAUUCAAAUUCAGGACCAGGUUUCUGGACCGGAUUAGGUGCUGGAGGGCUGCUGGGAUAUCUAGCUGGCAACCGAAGGUCUGCUUCCUAUUCUCCAUACUACAAUACGUGGACUACUCCGACUGCUCCACCCCCUUCAUUUGGCCCUUCCUAUGGCUUUGCAACCCCAAGUUCAGGGACAAAGUCCACCUCUGGUUAUGGAGGUACAAAAAGGAGAUGAAGCUGUCUCCUCACCUGUCUGAGCCACUGAAUAAAAGCAGCGUUCCAGCCGUUUUGAA